AUGGGUCGGGACCCAAACUAUGGGUCGGGACCCAAAGUGGGACCUGGGCAUUCCCAGUAUACCAACCUGGGGUUGCUGAACAGCAUGGAUCAGAACAUCCAAAAUGGCGGCUCUACCUCCACCAGUCCCUACAACAACGACCAUGUCCAGAACAGCGUGUCAGCUCCUUCACCCUACGCCCAGCCCAGCUCCACCUUCGACGCCAUGUCCCCCUCCCCAACUAUCCCCUCCAACACAGACUACGCUGGGACACACACCUUCGACGUCUCCUUCCAACAGUCCUCCACAGCCAAGUCUGCCACCUGGACGUACUCUACAGAGCUGAAGAAGCUGUACUGUCAGAUCGCCAAGACGUGUCCCAUCCAGAUCAAGGUGCUGACCAACCCCCCGCAGGGCGCCGUCAUCAGAGCCAUGCCCGUUUACAAGAAGGCAGAGCACGUCACCGAGGUGGUCAAACGCUGCCCCAACCACGAACUCAGCCGCGAGUUCAACGACGGUCAGAUAGCCCCUCCCAGUCACCUGAUCCGAGUGGAGGGUAACAACCACUCUCAGUAUCUGGAGGACUCCAUCACGGGCCGUCAGAGUGUCUUGGUCCCCUACGAGCCACCUCAGGUGGGCACAGAGUUCACCACCAUCCUCUACAACUUCAUGUGUAACUCCAGCUGUGUGGGAGGCAUGAACCGACGCCCCAUCCUCAUCAUCGUCACCCUGGAAACCAGAGAAGGUCAGGUGCUUGGUCGGCGUUGCUUCGAGGCCAGGAUCUGUGCGUGUCCUGGCCGGGACCGCAAGGCGGACGAGGACAGCAUCCGCAAGCAACAUGUUACUGACGGAACAAAGACCAGUGAGUCCUUCCGCCAGGCCCCCCAUGGAAUCCAGAUGUCCUCCGUCAAGAAGAGAAGAUCCACUGAUGAGGAAGUGUUUUGUCUGCCUAUUAAAGGCCGUGAAAUUUAUGAGAUUUUGGUAAAAAUCAAAGAGUCACUGGAACUCAUGCAGUUUCUGCCUCAGCACACUGUCGAGUCAUACAGGCAGCAGCAGCAGAACCUCCUACAGAAACAGAGCGGCAUGGCCCCCCAGCCCCAGUAUGGCUCCAGCUCCCCUCCUCACCCCCACGGCAAGGUCAACAAGCUCCCCUCCGUCAGCCAGCUCAUCAACCCCCAGCAGCGCAACAUACUCACCCCUUCCUCCAUGCCCCAAGGCCUGACUGACAUGAGUCCUAUGAUGAGCCACAUGGCGAUGAAUGCUGACAUGUCGACCAUGAGCCCCACCCACGUCCUGCAGCCCCAGUUACCCAUGGUGCCCAGCUCCCACUGCACGCCACCGCCUCCCUACCCCAUGGACAGCAGCAUCUCCAGCUUUCUCCUGCGGCUGGGCUGCGCAGCCUGCCUGGACUACUUCACAGCACAGGGCCUGACCAACAUCUACCAGAUCGAGAACUAUAACUUGGAGGACCUGUCCCGGCUGAAGAUCCCGCAGGAGUUCCAGCACGUCAUCUGGAAGGGCAUCAUGGAGCACCGGCAGAGCAUGGAGUUCUCCCCUCCUCCCCACAUCCUGCGUACCUCCGGCGGCGCCUCCACCGUCAGCGUAGGGUCCUCCGAGGCCCGCGGCGAGCGGGUCAUCGACGCCGUGCGCUUCACCCUGCGCCAGACCAUCUCCUUCCCUCCGCGUGACGACUGGUCCGACUUCUCCUUCGACCUGGACUCCCGACGCAACAAGCAGCAACGCAUCAAAGAGGAGGGUGAAUAGAGGACACACUCUGGCCCGGAAUUUCAAUCUAAAUCGAGUUGUCGAAAAAGAAAAAAAAAUGAAAAGCACACUGCAACAAUGGGUCUGUAAAAGGCCAUUUCCCUGACAUUCACAGAGAUCGCUUUUUACAAACGCUGUGGAUGUCAGCUCAAGCAUAUAUUAGCUUUAAAAUAAAAAAAGUAGAGUGCAGUACUCUUCUCAGCAAUGCACCUUGGAUUGAAGCCCCUGGCUCGGUCCCCCUUCAUAUGUCAUACACC